GCGGGCACUCCGGGGGAAGGGGCGGGGACAGGGCGGACGAACCGGUCUGGCAGCUGGCACCGGCUCGGCCCGGGGCCUCUCUCCAGUGGGGCCUGUGCCGACGGGCGGUGGGGCUGGCACAGCAGCUCACAGGGCAGGGAGCCGGGGCCAAGAGGCUGCCGCCAGGUAGGUAUGGGGGACCCCAGGCGAGGGCGGGCGGGCAGGGGCCAGGCACCGGGCCCCCAACCCUCACUGAGCCCCAACUCACCCCCUUUCCUCUGCCUCAUGGCUUCUCCUGCCUCCCCCAUCCCGCCCCAGCAUCCUUCCCUCACUUCUGCUUUUAGCUCUUCACAUUUUAAACCUGUGCACCCCGUCUCGCCUUGAGUUGGCUGAGCCUCUUCCCCAACUGGACCACCCUGAUGGGAUGUGCUCCCCCAGAAUUCCCCUCCCCGUCCCACCCUUGUUCAGGCCUUAAAUGGACCAGCCCUGAGAUUCCAGUCACUCGAUAGUGGUGGUGGUGGUGGCUUAGGGCUCCCAGCUCUCCCCAUGCUGGUUACACGUCCCUUCCAAUGGCGCCAGCCGUGCCUCCCACAGUGCACACCCCCAAUACCUAGUGGUCCCCAAAGUUUACUCAGCCACCCCCAGGCUCCCGUGUCUCCCCAGCCCACGUCUGCUCAGCAUCCAGCACCCCCAUUGUCCUGGCCUCUUGGAAACUCCGAGGGGCUCCCAAACACCAACUCACCAACCUUGGAAAUCUCACACGCCCCAAAUUAGCCUCUAGCACCCCAGUAACCGUUCUCCAUUCUCCCCCUCCCCCCAUCUAGCUGUCCUUCCCCGGUGCCAACCACUCUUAACUCUGAAGAGCACCGCCACCCCACCUGGCGACCCAGGACCCCAACGUCAGGGAUGGGGUCUAUCACCUGUCCCAGGUCACAUCCCGGGGUGGGCUCUUCCUGCUGGCACCCAAGGGAUCCGGGCACUGAGCCCACCCUCGCCCUCUCCCGGAGCAGGACCCCCGCCGCCAUGCACAAACACUACACUGUCCGCUUCAUCAAGGGUGCUCUGCCCCUUCGGACCCCCACCGAGCACUACUUCUUGGACCCGGAGUUGGGGCAGCAAAAAGGGUGCCGUCACCAGUGGUGCCAUGACCCGGCGGCCCUUCGAGCCCACGGGCCCUGUCGGCUGCCCCCACAGGUGUGCUGGCAGCUGGCCUACCACAGCCACCAGGGGGCUGUCAGCGGCUGCCGCCAGGGCCCCCAGCCUGGUGGAUCUGGGGUCAGCUCCUCCUGGGGUGCUCAGAGGGGCACAUGGGACCCUGGAGAAGGGCGUUGCGUGCCUACUGCCCCAAAAACCUCCAUUGGCAGGUUUGACCUGAGUAACCCCGGGCAGCUGGGGAGAGGGAUGCCGACGAAGGGAGGAACUGGGGGUGGGCUCUCUGGAGGGCAGACGGGAGGAGGGUGGUGCUUGGCCAGCCUCACUGACUCUGUUUCCCCCCCUCCACCCCCUCCCCGGCCCCCAGAUAUCCUGACAGAAGAUGAUGUCUAUUGCAGCUGUCUGGCCAAGACCCUCUGCCACGUACCUGUCCCUGUGACCGUGGGUUUCUAUGCCCCCUUCGGCUGCCGCCUGCACAUGAUGCUGGACAAGAUCACCGCGCUGAUGCAGCAGGAGGCGGCGCAGCGCGAGGCCGAGGAGUUGCGGCGCGUGCAGUGGCAGCCCCGCGCGCCGGCCCACGGCGCCGCCAGCGGCAGCCUGCUGCGGGUGUUCGGCGGCGCGGCCACCACGCUGUCGGGCUCGGGGCUGCUCAUGGCCGUGUACUCGGUGGGCAAGCACCUGUUCGUGAGCCAGCGCAAGAAGAUCGAGCGGCUGGUGUCGCGCGAGAAGUUCGGCAGCCAGCUGGGCUUCAUGUGCGAGGUGAAGAAGGAGGUGGAGCUGCUCACCGACUUCCUGUGCUUCCUGGAGAUCUACCAGCGGCGCCGGCUGCGAGUCGUGCUCGAGGUCACCGGGCUGGACACGUGCUACCCCGAGCGCGUGGUGGGCGUGCUCAACGCCAUCAACACGCUGCUGUCCGACAGCCACGCGCCCUUCAUCUUCAUCCUGGUGGUGGACCCCAGCAUCCUGGCCGCCUGCCUCGAGAGCGCCGGCUCCAUGAAGGGCACGGCGGACAACGGCUACCUCUUCCUCAACCGCACCGUCACGCUGCCCUUCUCCGUGCCCAUCAUGGGCCGCCGCACCAAGCUGCAGUUCCUGCGCGACGCCGUGCAGAGCCGCGACGACCUGCUCUACCGCGAGAUGACGCGCAAACUGCGGCCGGCGGGGGCGGGCGCGGCGGCGGCCGAGGGCACGCAGCUCCUGGCCGUGGAGACGCAGGCGGGCGCCGAGCGCACGCAGAGCCGCACGCAGAGCCGCGUCGACAGCGAGGCGGCGCGCCGCAUCCAGGAAGCGCUCUUCUGCCUGCACGACGAGCGCGACUGCCUCUACGAGUACGUGCCCGACAACGUGGUGUCCAUGCGGCGCAUCGUCAACACCGUGCCUAUCACCGUGCGUCUGCUGCAGCAGCAGGACGGGGACCUGGCGGGCCCCACGCCUCGCCAGGCGGUGGCUUGGGUCGUGCUCGCCAACCAGUGGCCGUGCCGCCUCAGCUGGGCGCUGCAGUGCCUGGAGGACCGGCAGCAGGCGGGGGGCGCACCCGAGGCCCACGUGCGCCUCUGGGACGUGUUCUGCGACAACAGCCGCGAGCUGCACUCCAUGACCAAGGCGCUGCAGAACGUGCUGGACUUAGACGGCGACCCCGAGCUUUUCGAGCGCUUCCUGGGCUCCGACUUCCCCUUUACCUUGGCCGAGGCACAGAGUCUGCUGCGCUGCACCGUCAACCUGGACCACUCCAUCCGCCGCCGCAUGGGCCUCAUCCGGGCGGUCAGCGCGCUCAAGCCGCCCAGCCCGCCCAAGUCCCCGGCCCACGACGCCCCCCACGCGGCUGACGGAGCCAACCAUGCUCCUGGGGCCUUCCGGGCCGGUCAGGGCGCGGGGCCCGCCCCAGCUUGUGCCGGCGAAGCCCACCCGCCCCGGGACUGGGCGCAUGGGGGCAAGCCAAGACCCGUGGCCUGAACCCUUACAGCCCA